AUGAAUAUAUAUACUGUAAUGUGUAUAACCGCUGAACAACAACGCCUCUAUAUCUCAUCCGCUAAAUUUGGCGGCACUAAACCCGCCAUUCUCAAGAUUUAGCACCAGAUUUUCUCCUCUCGCUCUAGAUUUCUUCAAUCACUUCAAGAUUUUCACAUACCCAUUUGCUAGGUUUCGUUGAUUUCGGUCGUUGAUGUAGCAAUAUGGAGAAGAGCUCUGGUACUUCGGCCUCUCUCUCUGACCUUUUGUGCCGAGAAGAUCAAUCUUUUUUGAAUGAAAACCAAGACGACACAGAGUAUAUACUGAGUAUGAACUCGAACCCAUGUUCAAUCUCUGAAGACGAUGAUGAGUAUAUACAGAGUUUGAUUCGAAGAGAGACGAGUCCUGAUUCAAGCAGCUAUGUUUCUUCAGCAGUCUUUAGCCAGAGCUGGUUGAAUCAUGCCCGCUUAGAUGCCAUCAAUUGGAUUCUCAAAUCAAGAGCAUUCUUUGGGUUUCAAUUCCGUACAGCUUAUCUAUCAGUGACAUACUUUGAUAUGGUUCUUUCAAGGAGAACAAUUCCUAAUGGAAAAUUAUGGGCAAUUCAAUUACUCUCAGUGGCAUGUUUGUCCUUGGCUGCAAAGAUAGAGGAGAACCGAGCACCGGCAUUGUCGGAAUAUCUUGUAGAUGAGUACAGUUUUGAGAGCUCUGGGAUUCAGCAAACUGAGUUGUUGGUUUUGUAUACAUUGAAAUGGAAAAUGAGUUCAAUGAUCACUCCUUUCGCUUACCUCCACUAUUUUUUCGCCAAGUUUGUCGGUGAGUCCUGGCCAAAAGAGUUGGUUUCUAGAGCUAAUGAAUUCAUUUGGGUAAUUGCAAAAGAUAUUAGCUUGGUGGAUAAUCAACCAUCUGUUAUUGCUGCAGCAGCAGUCUUGGCAGCUUAUGAUGGUCAAUUGACAAAAGAGAGAAUGGAGAUAAAGAUUGGUUUGAUACCAUCAUGGGGGUCUCAAGAAAAAGAACAUAUAGUUUCUUGUUAUAAAUCAGUGAUUUCCCCAAAUUUAUUGCCAACCCAUUCAAGCUCUACUGAUGUACUUGAAAACUCUACAAUCACCUCUGCUGCUGACACUAAGCGACGACGAAUACAGUGAAUCUCUGAUCAACAUAUCCCUUCACAAAAAAAAAAAAAAAAAAUGAAAAAGAAAA